UACACUCCUCCGCCUUCGUCAUCGCUUUCUCUUUAUAGCUCUGGCCGCGAAGGAGGAGAAAUAACGAGACGAACUUGGAAGAUCGGAGCCGUCGUCUUCGGAGGUUGGCUCCUGCAGCGAUCGUAGACAACCCUCGUUUCCUCUUCGCCGUCGCGGUCUAUUUUUCUAUAAAAUGGCUGAUGCUGAGGAUAUUCAGCCCCUUGUCUGUGACAAUGGUACUGGAAUGGUUAAGGCUGGCUUUGCUGGAGAUGAUGCUCCUAGGGCAGUCUUCCCCAGUAUCGUUGGUCGACCUAGACACACUGGUGUUAUGGUUGGUAUGGGUCAGAAGGACGCCUAUGUUGGUGACGAAGCCCAAUCGAAGAGAGGUAUCCUCACCUUGAAGUAUCCCAUUGAGCACGGUAUUGUGAGCAACUGGGAUGACAUGGAAAAGAUCUGGCAUCACACUUUCUACAAUGAGCUCCGUGUUGCCCCAGAAGAGCACCCUGUUCUUCUAACAGAAGCUCCACUCAACCCCAAGGCCAACAGAGAGAAGAUGACUCAGAUUAUGUUCGAGACAUUCAAUGUGCCCGCCAUGUAUGUUGCCAUUCAGGCUGUUCUGUCUCUAUAUGCCAGUGGUCGUACAACUGGUAUUGUGCUGGAUUCUGGUGAUGGUGUGAGUCACACAGUCCCCAUUUACGAGGGUUAUGCUCUGCCCCAUGCUAUCCUCCGUCUCGAUCUCGCUGGUCGCGACCUGACUGAUGCUCUGAUGAAGAUUCUCACUGAGAGAGGUUACAUGUUCACCACCACCGCCGAACGGGAAAUUGUCCGUGACAUGAAGGAGAAGCUCGCAUAUGUUGCCCUUGACUACGAACAGGAGCUCGAGACUGCUAAGAGCAGCUCGUCAGUUGAGAAGAACUAUGAGCUGCCCGAUGGACAAGUCAUUACCAUUGGUGCGGAGAGGUUCCGCUGCCCAGAAGUCCUCUUCCAGCCCUCGCUGAUUGGUAUGGAAGCUGCUGGAAUCCAUGAGACUACCUACAACUCCAUCAUGAAGUGUGAUGUGGAUAUCAGGAAGGACCUGUACGGUAACAUUGUACUCAGUGGUGGUUCCACCAUGUUCCCUGGUAUCGCCGACAGGAUGAGCAAGGAGAUUACUGCUCUUGCCCCGAGCAGCAUGAAGAUUAAGGUGGUUGCCCCACCCGAAAGAAAGUACAGUGUUUGGAUUGGAGGAUCGAUCCUUGCAUCUCUCAGUACCUUCCAGCAGAUGUGGAUCUCCAAGGGUGAAUACGACGAGUCAGGUCCAUCGAUCGUCCACAGGAAGUGCUUCUAAGUCCAGAACAAGUUUUCCGGUGGUUAGUUAAGUUCUCCGCUGAAGUCAGCCUUUUUCUUUCUUCUAUCUUGUGUCAUAUGAACUCUCGAGUAUUGAUUUACGAGGGAAUGAGCGUCGAGAAUUGAGAUUUUACCGGGUCAUGUCGAAUGCAAUAGGGCUUGUUUGAGUCCGUGAAAUGUAAUGUACUGAUAGCUCUCCUGUCUAUGCAAUUCGUGUUUUUAUUGAGAUUUUGUAUCAGAAGCAGAAAGCUUGCAAUAGGCCUCUGGUUGUUUUCCGCUUUCUGACAAUCGGGUACUUGGAUGUUCUUUGCCCGGCCAUUUUCUUGUGGGUUUUCUGUUAGGACGAUUAUGUUUGUAGCAGGAGAUUAAAGAUUUGUUUGUGAUAUGAUUUUUCUAAGGUUUUACCUUUGAAAGAAAAUUGAAGAGUUUACAUGUUU